AUGUCAGCUAGUCGUCCCUCUCGUCCCGCGCCCUCUUGGAACGGCGAGGUGGACAAGGUCAAAGAGGCUCGAAGCAGAGGAGAUGCAGCAGCGGCCAUCACCACGGCCAACGCUGCUGCCGACAAUAUAGAAAGCCACAUCGGCGAGACCAUGACCGGGUCUGCAGAUGAGAAUGAGGCGUUGACCGCUGCCCAACGCUUCACCUUUAAUGUCGCGGCCGAUGCCUGGCCGGGCUGGCAACGCGACGGACCCUUGCCGGACAAGCCUACUCUGCUCAGAGCAAAGCGUCUUGCCCAGCGCUCGGCGUCUUUGGUUGACAGAUUGAAGCUUGGUCCGGUCCAGGUCGGUACAGGCGCCUGGCUCGUCGGCGCGUUCGACCUGGUGCUGGGGGAUUUUGAGGAGGCGAUUGCUCGCUUCUCGGCCGCCUCUGACAACUAUCAUGCCGCAUCCGCACCCGGGCUCGAACUACUGACUAGCGGAUAUGCCGUCAUGGCGAGGGGACUUGGGGAAUCCAAAUCCGAGGACGAUAUUGCCGGGGACCUGGACCGAGUCAUUGCCCAGAUUCUUGCGGGCAGCUUUGAGGAUGGUGAAGAGUGGGCGGAGCAACUUCGCACAGCCUUGGCCGUCGUUUCGAGGAAAGAGUACAGGGAGAUUUGA